CUCAAGCCAAAAAAUCCCCAUCUGGCAACACAUAAACGUUCCAAGCACACCAUACUCCAGCUGAAAUGUGCAAUUGUUGAGAAAAUUGUUAUUUAACAAUAUAAAUUAGUAAAGUAUUGAAUUAAAAACGACAAAACAUGUCGAUUGUGAAGCGUGUGCAGCAAUGGGCUACCUUUGCGAGAACAUGGCACGUCUAUGAUUGUACCUGGCAAAAUCCCUUCGAUUCGGCGCUGCUUAUCAAAACACAUUUAAUGGGAUUGCACAAACCAAUAUAUCAUCCAAUGACGACUACACGUUCCAUUUGUACUCGAAGUCGCAUUUUGCAGCAACCAUUCGCCAGUAGCAGUUCACUGAUUUACGCACAACAGCAACGUAAUAUGGGUCGUUUAAGUAAAGUAGAUCCCAGCUCUUAUUCGGAGCCCGAACGCAUCAUUACCAAACAUAGCGCAUUCAAAUGGACCGUAGAUUUUGCAAAUACAAAGCUCUUGGGCAGUGUAACGCAUCAGUUUAAUGUGUUGGAAGCCAACUUACCGGCUAUUUUGUUGGAUGUACGUGACAUCACCAUCAAUAAUGCAUCGAUAGUCUGUAAUGGUGGCUCAGCCAUACCCAUUAACUACUUUGUAAGUGAUCCAGUUGAUGAUAUUGGUGCUAAAUUGACAUUGGAACUGCCGGAGGGUACUGCCAAGGGAGACCUACUCGUGCGCAUCGACUAUGAGACAUCCAAUCGCGCCAGCGGUCUGCAAUGGCUCACACCCGAACAAACGCUGGGCAAACAACAUCCUUACCUUUUCAGUCAGUGUCAAGCGAUACACGCACGUUCUGUAUUGCCAUGCCAGGAUACACCUGCUGUUAAAUUCACCUAUGAAGCUACAGUGGAACAUCCAAAGGAGCUGACUGCGCUGAUGAGUGCUUUGGUUGAGCAGAAAGACAGUGGCGUCACAAAAUUCAAGCAGGAAGUACCCAUACCCGCAUAUCUGCUGGCUAUCGCAAUCGGUGAUCUAGUCUCGCGUCCACUCGGCCCCCACUCCAAUGUCUGGGCUGAGGCCGGCAUUGUGGAUGCUGCCGCUGAGGAGUUUUCGGAAACAGAUAAAAUGUUGAAAACCGCAUCGGAUAUUUGUGGACCCUAUGUGUGGAAGCAAUACGAUUUGCUUGUGAUGCCGCCAUCAUUUCCUUUCGGUGGCAUGGAGAAUCCAUGCCUGACCUUUGUAACACCCACUGUGUUGGCGGGUGAUAAGUCCUUGGCCGAUGUUGUGGCGCAUGAGAUUGCGCAUAGUUGGACCGGUAAUUUAGUGACAAAUAAAAAUUUCGAGCAUUUCUGGUUGAAUGAGGGUUUCACGGUCUUUGUGGAGACCAAAAUCGUCGGACGCUUGCAAGGCACUAAGGAGCGCGAUUUUCAUAUGCUGCGCAAUCUGACUGAGCUGAAAGAAUGUAUACGCACCCAAUUGGCCAACAGCCCCGAACUCACCAAGUUGGUAGUUGAUCUGUCCAACUGUGGCCCCGAUGAUGCCUUCUCCAGUGUGCCCUACAACAAGGGCUCAACUUUCCUACGUUAUAUUGAAGAUUUACUGGGAGGACCUGAGGUCUUCGAGCCAUUCCUACGUAGCUACUUGCAAAAGUAUGCCUACAAAUCGGUUGUGACCGAUGAUUUCAAGAGUGCCUUAUAUGACUACUUCAUCGAUACCGAUAAAAAGGAUAAGCUCAGCGAAAUCGAUUGGGAUUUGUGGCUAAACAAUGAGGGUAUGCCACCAAUAAUACCAAAUUUCGAUGAAACACUUGCUGAUGUUUCGAAACAACUGUCGAAAUUGUGGAGCACCAAGUCCACCGCUGAAUUACGCACUGACACGGACAUUAGCAAACCAAUCUCCUCACAUCAACUAAUCGAUUUCCUCGGCAGACUGAUUGAAAGCAGUGAAAUUGUUGAUUUGAAUGCGCAAAAAAUCGAGCUACUGGAGAGCACCUACAAUUUGAAGCACACCAAAAAUUCCGAAGUGCGUUUUCGUUUCUUGCGUUUAGUCAUCAGAGCGCGCUUACUGCAACGCAUCGAUGAGAUCAUUGCAUUUGCCAACUCCAACUUCCGCAUGAAGUUCUGUCGUCCAAUCUAUCGUGACUUGGGCCAAUGGCCGGAGGCGAAGCCUAUUGCCGUUGAAAGUUUCGAAAGUGUCAAGAAUCAAAUGAUGGCGGUUUGUGCGCACACAAUCGAGAAGGAUUUGGGUUUGAAAUGAGCAUUUAAUGUUUUUUUUAUUAUUUUUGUAACAAUCGUUGAACUAAUGUAUUAACUCAAAGCAUUAAAUUUUUUAUAAAAAAAUUGUUUAACAGAAGAA